CUGACAAUACUGCUUAGUAUAAACACCUUGCUGAAAAAAAAUUUAGUAGGUUUAUCGUUUACAGGCCUUUUAUAUACCAAAAAAGAAGAUUUAAAAAAGAAAAAAUAAAACGAAAGAAAGACGGCAAAAUGAGUCCGUCGCUAGUAAAUUCAACGACACAAUAUAAUUUCAAAGUGGUUCUAUUAGGCGAAGGAUGCGUGGGCAAAACAUCAAUUGUAUUACGCUAUGUAGAGGAUAAAUUCAAUCCGCAACACAUCAGUACUUUACAGGCUUCGUUUCUAACGAAGAAAGUAAAUUUAGACAACGGUGCCAAAGUCCAGCUUAAUAUAUGGGAUACUGCUGGUCAGGAAAGAUUCCAUGCAUUGGGUCCUAUCUACUAUAGAGGCUCACACGGUGCUAUACUUGUUUAUGAUAUAACCGAUGAAGAUUCAUUUCAAAAAGUUAAAAAUUGGGUAAAAGAAUUGAAACGUAUGCUGGGCUCCGAUAUAAUUUUAACUAUAGCAGGCAAUAAAACAGAUUUAGAAAAUGAACGUACUGUGCCAUUUGAGGAUGCUUUAGAUUACGCAGACAGUGUCGGGGCGUAUUAUUUUGAAACGUCGGCCAAAGCUAAUGAAAACAUUGAAAAAUUAUUUACGGAAUUAACAGAAUUUAUGAUCGAACAUGUCCAACAGAACAAUCAACAGAACCAAAGAUCGGCACUUAAUGGUCAAUUUGGUCAACGACGCUUAAUUGUUGAAGAUUCUUUAGAUGGCUCCGACGACGCUGGCGCUCCAGUAAAUGGAACUACUCGUUCCUGUUGCGGUUGAUUUUAACAAUCAGUUGUAUUAGUGAAAAUAAAACGUAAAUGUUUAGAGUAUAAUAAGUAUUGUGAUAAUCUAUGUAAUGUAAUCUGAAAUUUGUUUCUUCAUUUGCAAAAUUGCAUUUUUGCUUUAUUCUUACAGAAUAUAUUUUAAAACAUUUUUCAAAAUUUUAGCUUAAUAUACCUAUGAUUGUAAAACUGAUAAUAUUCUAUAUUAAUUAUGUGAUUAUGCUUAUCUUCAUAUAUCAUUUUGUAUCGUUUACCUUUUCGUUUAAUUGUUAUCUUAAAAGAUUUGCAAUUCAUUUGCGGAUUUUUUUAAAGAAAAUAUCAUCAAAAUAUAUAUAACGAGUAUAUAAAAA